GUUCCCGACCGUUAUGUUGGUUAACGGCUCCAUUUCCCCCUACAGCUACGUGUCGAUUAAAAGGCGGUGUUCCAGGCCAGUUGAUUGCCAGCGCACACCGUCCGUUUCCCGUUUCCCGUCAUGACCCGACUUAGUUCUGAUAUUAUCCUAGAGUUGCUACCAUGGGUUGAUGAACACAAGUCUCUCCGGUUAAUCAGUAAAACUUUCAACGACACGAUGGAAUCGACAUUUUGGGCUAAUCGAUUUGUCGUGUUAAUGGCAACGGAGAUCAAGGACUUGGAACAAUUACUUCUGAAACUUGAAGAUAUGAGAGAUAACCCUUCGUCCUCCCAGAAGAUCCAAAAGUUGAGAUUUGAGAUGUCAAUAAUCGAUCGGGUUGGGAUGGAAGAGGUGUGUCAGAAAGUGGAAAACGUACUUCCUGAGGCUCUCUCCAAGCUGAAAGGUCUUCUGUGGGCGAGUUGGACCGAUCUUGGCUGGGCUACUGAGACGAUAAUCCAGUCAUUGGCCUCUCUUCCUUUAUUGACAGAACUCACCAUAGAUCAGAACAAUUGGCGUGAGGAACCUGCUCUCAACCUCCCCCUCCAUCAUUUUCGUCAUGGAACGCUGCAAAGGCUCUCGAUUUGUACCAGUUAUCAAGACAGGGACGAAUAUCUCUCGUCAUUAUCCAUCGUUCUCGCACACAAUCCUUCUCUACGUCACUUGGGCCUCACAGAUUCUUGGCAAUUCCCGUCUACAAUACCUCUUACUUUCAACGAGCUCUUCCAACGUCAAUCGAUCCUUCGACCGCUACGGUUGGAGUCUCUACAGCUCAUCAGAUGGCAUGUCCAGCUGACCCCUGAAGUUAUUCCUCACCUUCGAUCGUUACGCUCCCUCGAAAUUCCUGGCCAUGGCGAGUCUUACCUCACGGUCUGGAAAACCUUACAAACCGAGAAGAUACAUCUUCGUCGUAUCUCUGUGUCCCUCCCUCAUGCGCCUCUCCUCGAUUACCUUGACACGUUUACAGCACUCGAGGCGUUAAUCGUCUCAGAUGCUGGGUGGCUCACGCAGAAAGAAGCUGAUCGACUCGCGCGACGGUUUUAUCAGGUCGUUCUUCCCAAACACAAAGCUUCGCUCAAAGAACUUUCCAUCCUAUCUGGUGGCCCUUAUAUAUGGAACGCGGGCGAAUGGAAUUUGGAGGUUUUCAAUGGAUAUAGAGAGUUAAGGACCCUUCAUGUCGAGAUUUGUGAGGACGAUAUACACGCUACUUCUGAUCCUGAAAAGCAUGUCGUAGCCGCCCUUGUUAAACGGCUAGUAGCGUUACCCAAGCUCCAGAUACUUACACUCCAACCAGCGUUUAACGGUCGUGAGGGUGGCGGGAUGAGUUUUAUUGCGGAUGGGAUCGGUCAGUUGACGCAGAUUUUAGAGUCUAUGAAGUUGAAGGUGGGAGAGGUAGUUUCACUGAUUCAAGUCAUUGUCAGCGGAAGUCGUGUAAUUUACGUCGCAGAGAUAGUCGAGGGUGAAGUCAUCUUCAAAUGUGUACAGUUGAACUAGGUCUUUGUAUUACAUCACAUAGCUUUCACCUGUUUUUUCGAUAUAAUGUACAUGGAUGUAGUAUUCUGAGUCAACC